AUGGCACGCGAAAAGCAUCGGAGUGUUACAGUGGGAGAGAUGGCCGGAUUGGGAGUCACAAUUCCAUCAUCGGAAACAGCUGAUCACAAAUCGAAAAUUCAUCAACAAAUGCACUUCAGAUCAGGACAACAGCCAAAAUCAGCUCCACAAUCUGCUCGUGGCAACAAAACGCUGGCUUGGUUUCUGACUGAUUCAGCGCUCGAGAAAAAGAUCAAUCUCGCUUCAUCAUCUGCACCAAUAAAGCAAUCGAAUCAGACACAACUCACUCAGGAGAAGAUGUUGAAUCAAGGAGUGAAAGAUGGGAACGAGAGACGGAAAAAACGUGUCCAUCGAAAGGCCAAAGAAAUGCAGCGAUCACGUAUCGAUAGUCACACAUCACCCAGCGAGGGAUCAGCUAACAGCGAAUCACCUGGUGACGAAAAACAGAAAAUUGUGACUGAUUUCAAGGAGGAUUAUUGGUAUUACGAUGUGGCCACAGAUGGAUAUUACUAUGAACAAAACGGGGCAAAAGGAUGGAGAAGAAGACAGCCGAAUGCUGACCCGAAAAAGCAACAAGAGACGGUAGCCAGCAGUCCCACCGAGAAAGUUGCCCCAACAGCAGCCAAUCCUCCAGCAGCCACCACCGCUGGAGUCAGUGUCGAUCCUCGGGCUCUUCAACUCCUUCAACAGGCUCUCUAUGGUCAACCAGCAUACAAAUAUUAUGAUCCAAAUUCCGAUGGAUAUUACUAUGAGAUGGCCAGUGUUGACGGAUGGAGAAAGAGACAACCCACCCGUCCAGCCUCGCAACAGGCACCCCGCCUUCCCACAGCCACUCCCAUUCAGCAUUCCGCUUUUCAAUCAUAUGGAGCAGCUCUUGCUCGCGGACAGAUGCCAAGAAAUUGUAUCAUCUCCGAGAGUUCAUCGAGCAGUUCAUCCAGUGAAGCAGAUCAAGCCAUUCAAGAGCUUUUCCUCUCCCAAAUGGAGGAUUUGUCUCUCGAGGCUCUCUCUCGACCAAACAAGUUGACCGGCACCGAGUUGAGAAAUCCGACCUUCAACCCCGAUCGCUUUUUGGAGAAUUUCGUCUUCCCAGAUCAGGGCUUCGAUCUGAGCUCAUCCACUCGUACACCACUCACGCCACUGAAAACCUCAACUUCUGCAUUGGAGACUCCGCGCGGACCAUUCGAGAUGUCGAAGGCUGCUAACACCCAAAAAUCAUCAGAAAUGAGUCCAAUGUGGGGUGGAUGGGGAUACAACGGAUUCGGCUCACUUGCCACCGGUCGCAAAGAGGAUGAUCUCCUCGGCUCGUCGCUUCUCGGCGAUUUGCAAAAAAUCUGGCAAAGUCCCACUCCCACCGCU